AUGAAGCUUUCCCUUCUCUCCCUUGCCACCCUGGCUUCCGCUGCCAGCCUCCAGCGCCGCAGCGACUUCUGCGGUCAGUGGGAUACCGCCACCGCCGGUGACUUCACCCUGUACAACGACCUUUGGGGCGAGAGCGCCGGCACCGGCUCCCAGUGCACUGGAGUCGACUCCUACAGCGGCGACACCAUCGCUUGGCACACCAGCUGGUCCUGGUCCGGAGGUAGCAGCAGCGUCAAGAGCUAUGCCAACGCCGCUCUGACCUUCACCCCCACCCAGCUGAACUGCAUCUCCAGCAUUCCUACCACCUGGAAGUGGUCAUACUCCGGCUCGAGCAUCGUUGCCGACGUCGCUUACGACACAUUCCUGGCCGAAACCGCCAGCGGCUCGUCCAAGUACGAGAUCAUGGUCUGGCUCGCGGCCUUGGGCGGUGCUGGCCCCAUCUCGUCGACCGGAUCGACCAUCGCCACCCCGACGAUUGCCGGCGUCAACUGGAAGCUGUACUCCGGCCCCAACGGUGACACCACCGUCUACAGCUUCGUCGCUGACUCGACCACCGAGAGCUUCUCCGGUGACCUGAACGACUUCUUCACCUACCUGGUCGACAACGAGGGCGUGUCGGAUGAGCUGUACCUGACCACCCUCGAGGCGGGUACCGAGCCUUUCACUGGCUCCAACGCCAAGUUGACCGUCUCCGAGUACAGCAUCUCCAUUGAGUAA